UAAGCCUUGACUUUUCAUGCAUGAAAAUCCUCUACCACGGUAAUUAAAUAUCUAAUUACUUGCUACUUGCAUAAAGCAAACUAAAUAGCUAAUCAUUCGCCGGAAUCCACUUUUGCCCUUUACUUUUGCCAGGAAGUAGCGAUUGCUCAAAAAAAUUAAUUGCUUGAUCUACAUUAAUACGGAACUGAACAGUAAGCCACGCCAAUGUCACUUCAUCAAUAUUAAUUCUAACGUAGCCUCAAUAACACUUCGGACUUAUUAACAAUCAAACGAGGAACGAAUGUAACGCCAAUUUGUGUAGUCAUAAUAAAUCAUCAGCACGCUAUAGGCCAGAUGCAUGGCCAAAAUAAACGGUAGACAACGAUAGUAAAGCCGGCAGCCAAUUGGCUGGUAGUCAAACAGUCAAGCUAAAGAGCGUAAUUCAUCGGUUCAAUGACAAAAGCAAACAAUGCCUAGUGACGAAUUCGAACGACGGCAAUUGCAGCUUAUUAUUGUAUCAAUGGAGAAAUCCACGGUGUGGGCGAUGUGGCGAAACAGUCAUCGCAGCAAAACACAACCGCAUUUGAAUGCGCCCCGUAGACCGAAGUUGUCUAACCGCGUGUGCCGAAUUAAGCCUAAGAAAGAAGAACCGUGUCGCAUUUCUUUCAUGAGCAACGAUUCAACUCGUUACGCCGCACUCUUGAUGAAGCUCCGAGCAAGUCAUCAAGAAUGUUCCAACGAUUCGGCGACUGCCUGCCUCACGUCUUUGUUAACUGAACGGAGCGAAUGCUAUGGAACGAGACAAGGGAGUCAACAAUCCGGGAACCUAGCUGGCCACGAUACCCUGCUAUUGGACAUGGUACGAUCCCGAAGCCGCGAGGCAGAAGACGAAGUAAAAGACCAACCCCUGACACUGCCUUGCCACGAGAUUCUUAAUGACGAGAAUGAAAACGAAAACGAUGUGUGCAUUCAUGGUUAUAAUUACAACUACCGCACAACGGAGCGCAGCGUGUCCCGGUCGCGCGUAUCGCGAAUUUCCACGCGUCGUGACAUGGACAUUCCCUCCAUACUUGCAUUCACUACCUUUACACCAGCACCGGUGUGCCUUGGAAUACCAGCCUUCCAAAAGAUGGAAGAAAACAGGGUGGAUAUUCCUCGUUGGUCGAUCCGGCGCUCAGUGUGCCCAGUUUGCUCUCAAAAGUGGAAGGAUAGAAGUUCGAUAAGAAAUGUGAAAUAUUCUGGAUUAAAAAGAAAUUCUUCAAUGGAUCUACCGUCUAUAAUUGCACCCGCGCGUUUACGUACAUCCGUCACAUCAGGAUACGUCCCUCGUCCUGUGCCGGUGGCUGAGGACAAAGAAGUUGGUAUAGUGCGCGGAGGGUUCCGCAACAGCAGCGCAUCGUGGCAACUGACUCGCGCUCGCCGCUUCCGAUCGCCCAAGCUUCAGCUGCCACCUGAAGCCACCGCGCCGCCGACGUGUAGCGCGCCCACUGCCCGUAAAGACUUGGAUCUCAGAGUCUCGCGAUUUCUUUCAGAUGAAUUUAGAUGCUCUUGAAAAUUAUACAACAAUAAACUCUUUUAUAUUUUAA